CUAUGGGCCGAGCAGCUACGCUCGGGGGGCCCAGAUUUCAAGCUGGGGAAGACGAUCCUGCGGGUCGACCCGCGCGCCCUACAGCUGGCGCGGGAUGCUUGCGACAAAGAAGACGGCGCCACCCACGCGACGGCACCGGCGGCCCGCGCUCCCGAGAAGGCGCGCGGGGCGGGCGGCGCCAGCCAGCCGUGGCGCGCCGCGCAGAGCUGGAGCAGCGGCUCCUGGGGCAGCGAUUGGCCGAAGGGCCAGAAGCGCGAGCGCUCGUGGGGCAGCGAUUGGAAGAAAAAGGACACGAGGAAG